GAAACAAAUCACUCCAUGGUGACUGAGUUUAUUUUUCUGGGACUCUCUAAUUCUCAGGAACUCCAGAUUUUCCUAGUUGUAUUCUUUGUAUUUGUAGGGAUUGUGUUAGGAAACCUUCUCAUUGUCAUAACUGUGGCUUCUGACUCCCACUUUCACUCUCCCAUGUACUUCCUGCUGGCCAACCUCUCACUCAUUGAUCUAUGUUUGUUUUCAGUCACAGCCCCCAAGAUGAUCGCUGAUGUUUUUAAUAAGCACAAAGUCAUCUCUUUCAAAGGUUGCCUUGGUCAGAUAUUUCUCCUUCACUUCUUUGGUGGGUGUGAGUUGGUGAUCCUUAUAGCCAUGGCCUUUGACAGAUAUGUAGCAAUCUGUAAACCCCUUCACUACACCACAGUUAUGUGUGGCAGUGUAUGUGUGGGCACUGUUGCUGCUGGUUGGGGAACUGGCUUCCUCCAUUCAGUGAGUCAGUUGGCCUCUGCAACGAACUUACCCUUUUGUGGUGAGGUGGACAACUUUUAUUGUGACCUUCCCAGGGUCAUAAAACUCGCCUGCACAGACACCUACAGGUUGGAUAUCAUGGUCAUUGCUAACAGUGGCGUGCUCACUGUGUGUUCUUUUGUUCUCCUAAUCAUCUCCUACACUAUCAUCCUAGUGACCAUACAGCGCCACCCUUCAGACAGGUCAUCCAAGGCGGUGUUCACUCUGACUGCUCACAUCACAGUAGUUCUUUUGUUCUUUGGACCAUGUAGCUUCGUUUAUGCCUGGCCAUUCCCUAUCAAGUCAUUAGAUGAACUUCUUCCUGUGUUUUACUCUGUAGUCACUCCUCUCCUGAACCCAAUAAUAUAUAUGCUGCAGAACAAAGACAUGAAGGCUGCAAUGAGAUGGCUGAGAAAAUGGAAUGUGAAUUGCAAGAUAAAGUCUUAG